UCACAGCUCUCCCCUUCUACUUUGGAUUUCCUGAUAACCUGAGCUCAGUACUAGCUGCUCGAAAACACUCUGAAGGUACCAUUGACCUCCUUCUCUCAACGGACGGGAACUCAUCUUGGGACCCUUGCUAUCCACGAGAAAUGGACGCCUCUGGCUCUACUUCCCUUUCCUCUUCCCCUUCACCUCCAUACACCUUUCCCUUUCUCAAUAACCUCUCCCUUCCCUCAUCCUCCCCCUCUCUCUCCCCAUCCCCAAGUGUAGCCUCCACAGCUCUCUUCUGCUUUUUCCUAUCCCUCCUUUCUCUGCUGGGCAUUCUGGGUAACCUGUACACCCUAGGGCUUCUCAUUCGCCGUCGUAGGAUGUCAACCUCCCUUCACCUGCAGGUUCUGAGUCUGGCUUUGGCAGACCUGGUGUACCUCUCCACCGCUCCUUUCAUUGUGUAUGACAGCCUGGCAUCUGACUGGGCCUUCGGUGAACUAGGCUGUCGGCUCCUGCUCAGUCUGGACUUGCUCACCAUGCACGCAAGCAUCUUUACCCUCACUGCGAUGAGUCUGGAUCGGUAUCGAGCUGUGGCUGAUCCACUCGCAGCCUCGUCCACACCUUCCUCUGGACUCCGGAGGAGUGGCUUUGGCCUGGGUUUUGCCGUGGCUCUCAGUUUGCCCAUGAUGAUCAUCACUGUGCACCUAGAAGAUGGAGAGAACCAGGAAGGCAAGUUGUGCGUUCCCGCCUGGGAUGAACAGAGUUCAAAAGCCUACCUCAGUGUACUCUUCUGCACCAGCAUCCUAGGCCCAGGACUGGCCAUCGGAGCUUUGUAUGCAGCUUUAGGGAGACUCUACUGGGUAUCUCAGACGCAACCUGCUUGGGCCGGAGGGGGCAACACCUACCCGCCCCGUGCACCGCGCCCCAAAGGCCUGCUCCUCAUCCUGGGGAUUGUGCUGACAUUCUGGGCUUGUUUCCUUCCAUUCUGGAUCUGGCAGCUUCUACCACUGUACCGACCUGAGGUUCUGCGCGUGGUGCCGGUAGGCACGCAGGUGACCAUUAAUCGCAUCCUCACAGGGUUGACUUAUGGAAACUCAUGUGUGAAUCCAUUCUUCUACACACUGCUGACAGGAAGGCGCAGGCGGACCAGCAGGAAGACGAUAAGUGCAGCUGCACCGCUUUGCCACAAGGGCAGCUCUGAACAACAAUAACAGCUGCCCAGCAGUUAGUACAGCCCAUGACCAAUAAGA